AUGGAAACCAGAUCCGCAAAACGAAAGAAGUAUUGGUUGGAAGGCGAGAAUGGAAUCGAUAGAAUUAGUGAUCUCCCAGACGUUGUUCUUCAUCAAAUUCUUUUUCAUUUACCCAUCAAAUCCAUAGCGCAAACCAGCGUGUUAUCGAAAAGAUGGAGAUCGUUGUGGAUUUCAUUCCCUGAUCUUGACUUCACCUCUAUUAAUCCAAUCGGUGUUACUUCAACGAAUGCUCCAAAUACGAAGCCGAGUAUAAAAAAUAAAAGAUUAUUAUUAUGUCCGCAUUCUUUUUCCGUUAAACGACUGGACUUCAUUAGCCAGGUAUUAGCUCUCCGCGACAAGCAAUCCGAUCUAAGGAUCCUUCGUUUCCGUGCUCCUUUGAGCUUUUCACGUCUAAAUGGCUUGAUCCGUCUUGCCGUAAGGCAAAAUGUGCAGGAAUUAGACGUUGAAGUCGCCACCGACGAUUACUUUAAUUUCCCACGAAGUGUUCUCACCAGUGAAUCAUUGCGUGUCUUCAAGUUGCGAUCUCGAUACCCCGGUUUCCGUUUACUACCUCCGUCGGUCAUGAAAGGUGGUUUCCAAUCCCUCCACACCUUAUCUUUAUCCCUCGUUAUUUUAUACGAUCAGCCCACACUUUCCGAUUUGUUUACGGAUUCAUCGUUUCCUCGGCUCAAGAAAUUGAACCUCGAUGCUUGUUUUGGGUUGAAACAGCUUAAGGUUAGUUGCUUGGCACUAGAGGAAUUCACGCUUGAAAAUUGCUUCCAAUUACAUGGAUUGGAUGUUUCGGGGGCUAAAUUGAAGACAUUGCAAGUUGCGAGCUGUUUCGAUGCGUAUUGUGAUAAGAGUUGGGUGAAGAUUAAUGCACCGAGCUUGAGAGUCAUGGUAUGGGAAUAUAAUGCCAUCACCGAGAACAGCUCGUUGGAGAACUUGGUAUCGGCUCAUGAGGCUUCCAUUGGUUUCUUUGUGCUUAAUGAAGAUUUCAGUGUGACGAAGCUUCGGAGUGUGUCCAAUCUUUUAUCAGCUCUCUCCAGACUCCACACCUUAACGCUUGAAGGCCAAUGCGUUGAGGUGUUGUCAAGCAGGAAUUAUAUUGCAAAUCUAAUGCAUCCAUUCGACCAACUACAAUCCCUAGAGCUACAAACUGGCUUCAACAAACACAAUCUCCCCGGAUUAGCUUAUCUCUUCAAGUGCUCUCCUUCAUUACACACUCUAAUUCUCAAGAUCCUCAAUGAUUAUAAGAUUGAACGAAGAAAAUGGAACAAGGACUUGUGGGACAUGCCUAGCUCAGAAGAACAAUUCUGGGAAUCUCAAAGCCAGGCAUUGAAACCAUUGCUUAACAACCUUAGUGUAGUGAAAAUACAUGGAUUCUUAGAAUGUGAGAAUGAAGUUAGCCUAGCAAAGUUCUUGUUGAAGCAUGGGAAAGCAUUACAAGAGAUGACAUUUUUCUCCGGGCACUGCAACUAUAGAGAUUCCCUACGACGACAAAAGAUUAGGUCACAAAUGAUGGGGUUUUCCAGGGCAUCUUCUAAUGCAAAGAUUGAGUUUCUCUAA